UCUACCAAAAAAAAAACAAAGCUUAAUAAGCUAACCAUUCAUUCAUCAAUGCCUUUCAGUUUCAGUUGAAACAGAUGGAGGAUCAAUUACUAUCUCCCAAAAUUACGAAAAAAAAAAAAAAACUGAAACUGUCCCCAAAUUAAUAUCGUUACUCUUAAAUUAUUUAUAUAAAUAUGGGAAACUUACACGGCCUUCACAGAUCCCAUCACGGCGCUUCUAGCUUUCCCGGCGAAACCCCCAACGCCCCUUUCCCACCUUACACAUAUCCUCCAGCUCCGUCGUCUUCAUCGAUGACGGUGGAACCUUAUUGCCACGUAGACUCCAGCCUCCGCUCUCUCGCCGGAAAGGCCGAGGGCUUCGGCUGCGCCGCUGUUGGUGGUCUAAAUGGUCCUAUUUGCCGCGUCACUUCUUUAGCUGACGAGGGUCCAGGAUCGUUACGAGAGGCUUGUAGGAGGCCAGAACCGUUAUGGAUUGUGUUCGAUGUGUCCGGAACGAUCAAUCUUUCUUCCUUUGUGAGCGUAUCGUCGCACAAAACGGUGGACGGAAGAGGCCAAAGAGUGAAGAUAACGGGAAAAGGGUUAAGGCUUAAAGAGUGUGAAAACGUUAUAAUCUGCAAUCUUGAAUUUGAAGGCGGUGUAGGUCCAGACGCAGACGCCAUUCAGAUCAAACCAAAGUCGCACAACAUUUGGAUUGAUCGGUGUAGUCUCAAGAACUAUUAUGAUGGUUUGAUUGAUAUCACACGAGAAAGCACCGACAUUACCGUCUCAAGAUGCCAUUUCAUGAAUCACAACAAGACGAUGUUGAUAGGAGCGGACACAAGUCACGUGACAGACCGAUGCAUAAGAGUUACGAUACAUCACUGUUUCUUCGACGGUACGCGUCAGCGACACCCUCGCGUUCGCUUCGCAAAAGUCCAUCUCUUCAACAACUACACUCGUCACUGGUCCAUUUACGCCGUUGGGGCCGGCGUCGAAUCUCAGAUAUAUUCUCAGUGUAACAUAUAUGAAGCUGCUGAGAAGAAGACCGUCUUUAAGUACAUCACUGAGAAGGCUGCGGAUAAAGAGAAACCUGGAGCUGGGUUCGUAAGAUCGGAAGGGGAUUUGUUGUUGAACGGAGCCAAGUCUUGUCUUAGCCAGGACGGUGGAGAUCGCCACGUAUUCUCUCCGACCCAACACUAUUCUGAAUGGACCGUCGAAACUCCAAGCGAAAAACUCAAGAACUAUCUCAAACAUGGGACCGGCUGGCAGAACCUUCCCCUCCCUCUGGACUAACCUCCGACCACCCGAUAGGUAUCAAUUUAUAUAUAUAUAUAUAUAUGAGGCGGUGUAAAGACAAAUAAUUUGAUACGAUUUUCGAACUUUUAUAAUUCAAAGUUGAUAUAUUAUAGUUUCAAGUAAUAAGAAAAAAGAUUGCCUAUA